GACCGCCGCUGUGGGGCAUGGUGGAUGCAGCGCUCGGGCAGUCGCAGGUGCGCGUGGUGCAGGUGGCCCCGGCGCUGCCGCCGCAGGGCCACCUCGUGGCCGCGGCCGCGGCGCCGGACGCCCGCCGCGGCGCCGCGGAGCAGUUCUUCGACGGCUACCUGCGCUCGUUGCUGCAGCUCGUCUCGAGCCCAGACGCGUCGGCGGCGGAGGCAGCGUGGAGGACGCAGGCGCACCAGGGCUUCGCGACCCUGCUCCCCACCGGCGUGACUGCGGUGGGCGCGGACCCCGUGCUGGGCGACUGCCGCUACGGCCUCGCGUGCGG